AGCUUCUACUUAAAGCAAAGCACCCUCUCUCGAGAACCCAUAUUGUUUUCUUUUGUGACCUCUUCACCAAACUGAACCCUCUUCUGCCUUCUUCACCAGCAAUGGCGUCUUCUCUUCGUCUUCUCUUUCCAUUGUUCCUGUCUUGCAUUGUUUUGUUGAAUCACCAAGUCAAAUGCGAUGACGUUGAUGAGGAGGAUAAUCUUCUUCAAGGCAUCAACAGCUAUAGGGCUUCUGCCAACUUAACAGCCCUUACAAAGAAUGACAAUGCAGAGUGCCUGGCAGAUGAGAUAGCUGACCAAUUCAAAAAGCAACCAUGUACAAACACCACAGGUUCCUUCACGGUACCAGGCACUGAAACCCAGUUUGCCAACUUUCCAGACCUUUUAGCCAAAUGUCAUUUGAAUGUCUCAAACACAAGGGAUGGAGUCAUAAUGCCUUCUUGCGUUCCUAAUCUGGAUCCUAGUCUUGUCCUUACCAACUUCACUAAGUCUCAGUACUCGUCGAAUCUUAAUCAGACAAAUUUUACAGGAAUUGGAAUUGGUUCUGAAGAUAACUGGAUUGUUGUAAUUUUGACCACGAGCACACCCGAAGGAAGCUAUGUUCCUGCACAAAGCACUGACAGUGCCACUGGCAGUGCCAGUUUAGGUUCCAAAUCCAAGAUUAGUUUGAUUCAAUACUUGCUGUGUUUGCUGAUGGGGUUUGUCUUUCAUUUGUAGACCAAGAGGUUUAUCAUACCAAUUUUCUGCUUUUCCGACCUAGAGAGGACAAUGAUUCUCCCAUCGGAGCUGCUUCCAUGGUGGAAUUCGAUUUCGUACUUGCAUAACUUGAUGUGCUCUGUUGUAGCUGAUAGUAGAAUGUUGAAGAGUUGUGUGAACCAUCACUGUUGUUGACCGUUUUUCUCCCAAGAAUUUAUGAUAUGAUCAUAUGAAUGAGAUAAAGAAAAAGAGGCUGGAUUUACUCAGUUAUUGAAUAAUAUUUGCGGUACUUUAUUUUA